AUGUCGUCAGAUGAGCGAGAUGGAUCUUUCGAGGAGACGACUGAGUAUUGCUUGCGCUUUGUGACGGAACAACUUGAGAAGCACAGGAAUAGCGAUAUGAAUACACCACUCUUUGUCGGAUUAAAUGGAGUUCAAGGAUGUGGAAAAACGACUUUGGCUUCAAGCCUUGCUCAAAGGCUCAGCCAAGCCCCAUACUCACUGCCAACGAUCGUGUUUUCGAUUGACGACUUAUACCUGUCUCAUAAGGAUCAGAAGCGUCUAGCGGAAGAUCACCCUUCAAAUCCACUUGUGCAACACCGAGGGCAAUUCUCAACACAUGAUAUAAGCCUCGGGCGUUCACUGCUUGCGGAUCUCAAGCAAGGCAAAGAGAGCAAACUGCCUAGCUUCGACAAGAGUGAAUUCGGCGGCGAAGGCGAUCGUGUGGCGGAAAACCAGUGGAAGAUUAUCAAUACACCUGGCAUGCAGAGACCUAAGAUUGUCAUUCUAGAGGGAUGGUGUGUGGGCUUCCGAGCGCUGUCUGACAAAGAGGUGCUGCGCAGGUGGCAGGAGGCAACGUCUGAGAAGGUCGAGGGAACUUAUGUUGGGCGAUUAGCCUCUAAUACCUUUGACAACAUAAGCUUCGUGAAUCAAGCCUUAAAACAGUACGACGACCUUACCGAUCACAUGGAUUCAAUCAUCCACAUCGAUGCUGCAGAUCCUGUCUUCGUCUAUCGAUGGAGGAUGGAGCAGGAGGUGAAGCUCCGAAUCCAACGCGGAUCGGGCAUGUCCGAUGACCAAGUUGUUAAGUUUGUCGAUGGGUAUUAUCCAGCGUAUGAACUGUACACAGAUGGGUUGCGGGAUGGGGUAUUCGCGACAUCAGGAAGGCAGCUCAGGCUGGUUAUCAACAAAGACAGGCGUGUAGAAAGACUUAUCGGCCCGCUUGCGGGGAAUGAUGUGAGUGUGAACGUGGGGAACACUUUGACCAGCAUCUGCACCAUCCUGAAUGGCAAUGUUGAGGCUCGACGCGUUGUAGACACGCUCAAUCACCCUUCCGACCUGCUGGACCGUUAA